GUACACGGAUGAGAUAAAGUCCCGGUGUCGUGUGUGAGCUGCCGGCGGCGGCUCAGCUCAGCUCUGCGGUCAUGUCCGGAGGGAUUCACGGGCUCCUGCUCAAACUGCACCAGGCGCUGUCGGAGGAAGACAGCCGAGCCGCGGCGUUCAGGUGUCACGAUAUAUUCGGUGACUUGGGGCAGGAGUGCAUGCUAACACAGACUGAGAAUGACCUGGUUCUGCAGACUUCCUUAUUGUUCUCCAAAGACUAUGGGCUGCUCAGCUUCCUCAGGAAGUCCCUGUCUUCAGAUGAGUUCCGGGACACCCGAGUUGAGAUCCUGUGUUUCUUGGCGACCUUCUUGGACAGGGUUUCACCGAGGGUCAAAGGUUGGGAGAAGACUUACGCUAUUGACAUAAAAGACACAUGCAUGGCCGUGUACACGAGGGACAAAGUGGCCAAAUGUAGGACGUCUGUGCUGGAUCUGCUCAUUAAGGUUCUGCAGACAACGAAGGCGUCCAGCGUCGCUGCAGACUUUAAAAUCUGCGACAUGUUCAGCAGAUAUUACGGCGAGCUUUGUCAGAAGAGCAAACUUCCAGAUUCAGUACUCGGCAAAAUCUAUGAGCUGCUGGGAGUCGUGGCAGAGGUUCACCCCAGUGAGAUGGUCAACAACUCGGACAAACUCUACAAAGCUUAUCUGGGGGAGCUGAAGGAGCAGAUGACUUCUUCAACAAAGGAACCAAAACUUUUUGUUGUCGCUGGAUGUUUGAGAGGAAUCACAGCUUUAAUGGUCAACUUCACUAAAACCAUGGACGAAGAUCCUGUGACGUCUAAGGAGAUCUUCCAGUACGCCCUGAAGGCCAUCAGUCCCCAGAUGGAAAUGAGUCGUUACGCCGUCACGUUCGCUGGGCUCAGACUGUUCGGCAGACACGCAGCUCAGUUCAGCAGCUGUCUGAUGGACCACUACAGGGCUUUGUUUGAGGUCAUGUCUAAGCUCUGCGGACACAUCAACGCUGAGAUGAAGAAGACGAGUUACUACGCACUUGAAGCCUUCCUCAAACAGGUGGCGAUGCUGGUCGCCGGAAACAUUGAGGAGCACAAAAGUAAGCUGAAGUUCUUCAUGCAGAAGUUCUGCGGCAUCAUUAAGACCAUGGACUCAACACACAAAGAGCUGUCCAUUGCCAUACGGGGAUAUGGAUUCUUUGCGGCUCCGUGCAAGAAAGUUUGUCCUCAGGACGUGGACCUGAUGUACACGGAGCUGAUCCAGCGCUGUAAGCAGAUGUACCUGACGGAGUCUGAUGAGGAGGACGACAGCUUCUACCAGCUGCCCAGCUUCCUGGACUCUAUAGCCAGUGUCCUGAUUCACCUGGACAAGGUUCCAGAGGUGUACACCCCUCUCCUGGAGCGUCUCCUCGUGGUGCAGAUCGACAGCUUCCCUCAGUACAGUGAGAGGAUGCAGACGGCUUGCUGCAGGUCCAUCCUGAAGGUGCUGGUGGCCGUGGCCUCUAAAGGACCUGUGCUGUGGAGCUUCAUUAGCUCUGUGGUGCACCAGGGUCUGAUUCGGGUCUGCUCCAAACCCAUCGUGCUCUCUGAGAACAAAGACGGUGGAAACGAUUCCUCUCAGCCUUCACAAGUUCGUGCAGGAAAGUGGAAGAUUCCUUCCAGUCAGAACUACCUCGGCCUGUUCAAAGGACUUUUAGACUGUGAUCAUUUGAAGGAUUCGGGGUUUUUGGAUGGAGCCUUUGAAAGUCAGAACUCUGCUCUUGUGUCUCUGAGUCGCCUGCUUUAUGAUGAGUUGGUGAAAUCGAUUCUCAGGAUUGUGGAAAAGUUGGAUUUGUCUGUGCAGAAAGUGACAGCAGGAGAGGAGGCUCCAGACGACUCGGCCCACGCCCUGCCCUCCUCUGACCCCACAGCUCAUCUGCUGCCCAGUAAGAUCAAAGACUUCACGGCCUUUAUCAACCUGGUUGACUUCUGCAGCGAGCUGUUGCUGACUAAACACGUGGAGUAUUUUCAGUCCUGGGUGUAUGAUUUCAGCCGUGAACUCAUCCUCCACUCCAUACGAAAUCCACUGGUCAGUGGCUUUUACAAGCUUCUCUCCGUCACCAUGAAAACCGCCAAGAGAAUCAAGUACUUCCAGGGCGUUGGUCUGAGACGCUCCACGUCCCGCGAGACUGACACAGUGAGAAGUGCUUGUUUGGCACUUUUCUCAAAGUUUGGAAAAGAGGUGUGUGUGAGAAUGAAGCAGUACAAAGACGAGCUGCUGUCGUCCUGCUUGACAUUCGUCCUCUCGCUGCACCACAACAUCGUAGCUCUGGACAUCAAGGCCUACUGUCCUGCUCUUGAGGCGGCUCUGAAACUGGGUCUGAGCCAUGUUCCUCUGGCCAACGCAGCCCUAGACGCUCUUGAGGACUGGUCGUCCCACAUUCCUCCAGGGACGAUGCAGCCCUGCUACGCCAGCAUCCUGCCUCUUCUGGACGGAUACCUGAAGACCACGUCCAACAACAAAGACGACAGCAGCUGGGAGGUGAUGUCCUCUGUGUCUUCGAGACGUGACAGAGGAUACAGCAGAGUGAUGACGAGGCUUCUGAAGCAGUCCAACCAGUUUUCAAUGGAAGACGCUCCUCUCGUCACCGUGAGGCUCAGGGUGGUGAAGCUGCUCGGUCACCUGGGAGGAAAGCUGAACAGGAACCUUGUGACUGUGGUCUCAUCAGAGGAAACGAUGAAGAAGUUUGUUGCGUGGGACUCAGAGAAGAAGCUGAGUUUUGCGGUGCCGUUCAGCGACAUGAAGCCCGUCAUCUACCUCGACCCGUUUCUGCCUCGCAUCAGUGAACUGGCUCUGUCCACGAGUGACAGACAAACCAAAGUGGCAGCCUGUGAGCUGCUCCACAGCAUGGUGGUCUACAUGGUGGGGAAGAGUGCUCAGAUGGUGGAAGGGAAGAACAGCCUGCCGCCCAUGUACAAGCUGCACAAGAGGCUGUUUCCUGUGCUGCUGCGUCUGGCCUGUGACGUCGAUCAGGUAACCAGGCAGCUCUUUGAGCCACUGGUUAUGCAGCUGAUUCACUGGUUCACAAACAACAAGAAGUUUGAAAGCCAGGACACGGUGGCUGUUCUGGAAGCCAUACUGGACGGUGUGGUUGACCCCAUGGACAGCACUCUGCGAGACUUCUGUGGCCGCUGCAUUGAAGAGUUUGUCAAAUGGUCGAUCAAGCAAACCACCCCCAAGCAGCAGGAGAGGAGCCCUGCCAAUAUGAAGUCCUUGUUUAAGCGGAUCUACAGCCUGGCGCUCCACCCCAGUGGGUUCAAAAGACUUGGUGCUGCCUUAGCAUUCAACAGUAUCUACAGACAAUUCAGGGAAGAAAACUCCUUGGUGGAGCAGUUUGUCUUCGAGGUUCUUGUCAUAUUUGUUGAAAGUCUGGCUCUCGCACACUCAGAUGAGCGAUCUAUGGGUACGUUGCCGCAGUGUAAAAGUGCCAUUGAUCAUCUGACAAGAAUCAUCAAACACAAAGCUCCGAGUCUCAAUCAGCACAACGCUAAGAGACGUGUCCCGAGGGGUUUCCCAGCCGAUGAAAAGCUCUGCCUGUCACAUGUGGUUUCAUGGCUGUUGGAACAAUGUGGUCGUCCUCAGACCGAGUGUCGCCACAAAUGCAUGGAGCUCUUCUAUGAGUUUGUUCCUCUCCUCCCAGCAAAGAAGUCUCCACCUCAGUGGUUGGAUGGCAUGCUGAAGGAUCACGGUGUAAGCUUCCUGGUCUCACGGUUUGAGGGCGGAGGUCUCCUCUCCCAGCCCACUCUCAGAGACCUGACGGGCCCGUUCAGUGUCAGAGUCACCCUGCAGUGGAUGGACCUGCUGCUGGCUGCCCUGGACUGUUACAACACCUUCAUCAACUUACACAUAAUCAAGCCUCAGCACAUGCUCAGCUCCAGAGACCAGUCGAGCUUUCUGAAAGCUGUGCAUUUCUUUUUGACUGAGCUGGCGACUCACGACGUGGCAGCGGCAGAGAGCUGCUUCACUCUCAGUGAGAAGAGCUCUCUCUUCAGCCCAAGAGAGGUGGACCAGUACAACUACAGCAAGUGCACCAUCAUUGUUCGCCUGCUGGAGUUCGCCACAAUGAUUCUAGUCCAAGGAGACCAGGAGUUUUGGAAGCACCUGGAACCAGAUAUUUUUUGUGCAGUUUUUUUUGAGUUGACUGCACUGGUGGUGUGUGAGCCAUCUGCUGUUGGCUUCAACAUGGCAGAUGUGGAGGUAAUGAAGAACCUACCAGAAGUGUGCGUCCCUCUGCUGAGGGCCCUGCUGACCUCCACGUACCGCACUCAUCUCGAAAGCAGCCUGCGGACGAAGAUCUCACGUAAAAGUAUAGAGGAGCUGUGUGCUGUAGAUCUUUACCACUCAGGCACCUGGAGCCGCCACGACCAGCUGGAAAUGGUUCUGUCCUCCUGUAAGCAGAUCCACACAGCCGGCUUCCUCAGCUCCAUUCUGCACAGCCAGGAUUUGGCCUAUUCCAAGUCACUUGGCUCCCGUCUUCUAAUGACAGUGUAUAAAGGCAUAGCACCCGGUGAGGACAGGAAGGCGCUUCCAUCCUUGGACAUCAACACCAGGAGGGUCGCGGAUGGCCUGCUUCAGCUCGCCUUUUCUCUCAGUCACCAGAGUGAGCAGCUGGUGGACUUGCUGUUGAACACCAUCAUGCUUUCUGUGCCAGUGUCUGGAGGUCACAGCCAUAACUUCCUGAGCUUCUCGCAUGGCGAGUACUUCUACAGCCUCUUCCAGGUGACCAUCAACACCGAGCUGCUGAGAAGUCUGGACACCACAGUGCCAUGUCUCAUGAGAGCUUCCUCCCAAAACCCCAGCAUGGUCAGUGUGCUGCUGAACGGCAUGCUGGACCACAGCUUCAGAGAGCGCUCUGUGAGGAAGACUCAGGGAAAACAGCUGGUUGAAGAGGUGCUAAGAAGGUGGGACAGUCUGCAGUCGUGGUGGGAAGGACAGUCUUCCACUCCAGAAAGCAAAACUGCGACUCUCCUGCUGCUCUGCAAGCUCCUACAGAUUGACUCCUCCGUCUGCUCCAGCAUCGACCACAAAGCGUUCAGGCCGGUGUUUUCCACUUUCACUGGGCUGCUGGUUGACAUGAAUCUGCCACUGAAUCUCAAGAGUCAGGCCCUGUUGGUGUUGCCCUUCUUCACAACCCUCCCAGAGGAGCAGCUGGCUGAGCUGCAGAGGGCCCUCGACGCCCUCGUAGUGGCUCACUUCCCCAUGCAGUCCGACGAGUUCGCUAAGGGCUCGCUUCACCGCAACAACUACAUGGACUGUAUUCGAAAGUUGCUGGAUGCCCUGGAGCUUUCUCAGAGUCCACUGCUGCUCAAACUGCUAUCAGGGAUUCUGUGUCGAGACAGAAAACACAUCAUGGAGGAACAAUUCCAAACCUGCUUCCAGAGGAUCGCGAGGCGGUCCAGCAAUGAGCGGCAGCUGCAGCUGCUCUGUACAGUAUAUGAGGUGAUCCAGCAGGAUGAUGUGCCGGUGAGCUCCAUGCUGCAGGCCGUGAUGGAGCGGGUCCUGCUGCCUCUGGCCUCCCACUGUGGCACCAGGGCCCUGACUGACUUCUAUGUGGCAAAUGUCUCCAACAUAAUUGCUCUGCUGCUCAGUCGCUUCACCAAGUCAAGUGAAACAGCGUUUGAGAUCCAGUUGCUGAAGAAGAACGGCUGUUACAAGCUGAUGGAGCUCCUGUAUUCUCGGCUUCCCAAAGAAGACGUUUACUCCAAGGAGUCCCGCAUCAAUCAGGCCUACUGUCGCUCGGACAAGCCAGAGGGGAACGAGUUGUCCAAGACCCUGAUCAAGUCAUGUUUUGAAGCGUUCACUGAAAACAUGGCGGGUGAGACUCAGUUCCUCGAACUCAGGAGACUUUACCACUGUUCUGCGUACAACUGUGCCAUUGCAGUCAUCAGCUGCAGCUUCAGUGAGCCCAGAUUCUACCAUGGCUUCCUCUUCAGUGAGAAACCAGAGAAGAACCAGUUCAUUCUGGAAAAUAUCAUAGACGUUGAAAGGACCUACAACUUUCCAGUUGAAAUCGAGGUCCCACUGGAGAGAAAGAAGAAAUACAUCAUGAUUCGAAAAGAAGUGAGCGAGGAGAGCGGAGAAGCACCAGUUUACUUGUCCUCCCAGUCUUACAUGGCCGACAGCAGCCUGAGUGAGGAGAUGAGUCAGUUUGAUUUCUCCACUGGCGUCCAGAGCUUUUCCUUCAGCUCCCAACACCCAGAGGGACAGAGACGCGCCGCUGUAAAACGAGAGACAGAGGAGGCAAACCCCUCCCAGGAUGCAAUGGUGGAUCUAGAAAUGGAUGAGCUAAAUCAGCACGAAUGCAUGGCAGCCAUGACGGCUCUCAUUGGACACAUGCAGAGGAACAACAUAACCCCCAAAACUGAACAGGGAAACAUGCCGAGUGAGCUUCCUCCAUGGAUGAAAUUUCUACAUGGAAAACUUGCAAAUCCAGCAACGCCUCUGAAUAUUCGACUCUUCACCUCAAAGCUGAUCAUCAACACAGAGGAGGUGUUUCGACCGUAUGCGAGGCACUGGCUGGGGCCGCUGCUGCAGCUCGUUGUCUCUGGAAACAAUGGAGGCGAGGGGAUCCAUUUCAUGGUGGUGGACAUUGUGGUCACAGUGCUCUCGUGGACAAGCCUGGCCAGUCCCAAGGGUAACCCCAGAGAUGAAGUGCUGGCCAACCGGCUGUUAGAGUUCCUGAUGAAGCACAGCUUCCACUCCAAGAGGGCGGUUUUCCGACACAACCUGGAGAUCAUUCGCACUCUGGUGGAGUGCUGGAAAGACUGUCUGCAUGUCCCCUACAGUCUGAUAUACGAGCGAUUUUGUGGCACCGACCCGAACAGCAAAGACAACUCGGUCGGACUUCAGCUGCUGGGAAUCAUCCUGGCCAACAACCUGCCUGCUUACGACGCCUCCUGUGGAAUUGAAUAUGAGAGGUACAUCCAGUCUCUCACCAACAACCUGUCCUUUGUGAGGUAUAAAGACAUCUACUCAGCCGCUGCUGAAAUUAUCGGCCUCACCCUGAAGAAUAUGACUCAAACAGACAACAAACAUCAAGAACUUCUGGGUCUUGCUGCAAGUAAGAUAACAAAUCUGAAGAAAACAGACCUGGAUGACAAGUUCAUCAUCUGCUUGAACAAAGUGUCAAAGCACUUUCCUCCGUUUAUGGAUCGGUUUGUCAACUAUGUGUUCUACCUGCUGCCAAAGCUGCACGGCGUCUUGAAGACUCAUUGUUUGGAGUGUGUGCUGAGCCGAGCUGACGUCAUCCCGGACAUCUUCCUGCAGCUGAAGUCCACAGGCUUCAUUCAGAUGAUGGGACAUAGGGAUGAAGGGAGACAGAGAGUGUGUCUGGAUAUCAUCCUGAAGAUUAUUGGCCUGCUGACUCCAGGUCAGCUUCAGGAGCUCCUGGGAGCUGUGACAGCGUAUGUGUCCCAUCCUUCACCAGUGUGCAGAGAGAGGAUGUACAGUAUCCUCAUGUGGAUCCAGGAUAACUACAGUGACGCAGAGAGCAUGGAGGACAACACCUCAGUGGAGGUUUUGAACGCAGCUAAAGAAACACUGCUUCAGGGACUGUCUGAAGAAAACCAAGGCCUCCAGCUUUAUGUUUGUAACUUCUGGAGUCAGGAGAAACGUCUUCCCACUGCGACCCUCGACCGGAUGCUGACGGUGCUUCGGUCUCUGUACUCAUGUCAGAUAGAAAGGUGUUUCUUAAGCUUGGUGACCAACUUGCUGCUGGAAAUGACCAGCCAGAGUCCUGACUUCAAACGAAACAUGUUUGAGUAUCCUCUGUCAGAGUGUACCUUCCAGGACUACGUGAUUGAUUCUAACUGGCGCUUCAGGAGCACAGUGAUGACUCCUAUGUUUGUUGAAACCCAAAGUUCUCAAGGCCCAGAGAGCGUGGCGGCGUCGCAGGCUGCAGCCAUGAAGGGGAAGCUCAGAGCCACUCAGACCUCGCUGGAGUUCACCCAGACACAAACAGCAGGUCGACGUACAGCAUAUAACUGGCUGACAGGCAGCAGCGUGGAUACACUAGCAGAGCACACACUCGGCUCUGAAUCUCUGUCCUCACUGUUGGUGUUCGAUAAGAAAGCAGAGAGGCAAGCGUCAGCGAGAAGGCCAGUGGGGGAAGGUUUUGGCCUGAGGCGCCUCACCGCACCCACUGAUGAGGUGGACAGCCGCACCAGAGCAGAGAACGAGCAGCGUAACAACAUCCUGAGACUGAGACGCAGAUUCCUCAAGGAUCAGGAGAAAGUCAGCUUGAAUUAUGCACAGAGAGAGAUCCAACAGCAAAGACAGAAGAAGGAAGAAAAAGCAGAUCAAAGGCUGCGGAAAGAGGGUCAGGUGACUCUUUAUCGUAACUACAGAGUGGGAGACUUUCCAGACAUCCAGAUCCCGCACAGCAGCCUCAUCGCCCCCCUUCAAGCACUAGCCCAGAGAGACCCAAUUCUGGCCAAACAGCUGUUCAGCUCACUGUUCGCUGGGAUUCUCCAAGAAAUGGAAAAAGACAAACGAGGGGAGAGUGUGAGGAUUAAGGAAGAGCUGAGGUGCAACAUGAAUUCUUUCCUGAGCAGGAGUACGCUGUGCUUCCCUCCGUUCAUCGCAUGUGUGCAGGACAUGGGCUACCAGCACAAGGAGCUGCAGCAGCUCGAUCCAGGUGCCGUCAGCUCCACUUGCCUGAUGAGUCUCCAGCAGCCGUCGGGCAUCCUGCUGCUGGAGGAGAGCUUGCUGCACGGCGGUGUCCAAGACCAGCCUCCUGCGAAACGGUCACGAGGACGCAAAGAAAUCCCUCCAGACACCAAUAAAUGGAUCCACCUCGCAAGGCUUUACAGAUCUUUGGAGGAUUAUGAUGUUGUGCGCAGCAUCUUUGGUGGUAAAGUUGGGACCAAGUCAAUCACCUGUGCUGCACUUCAGGCUGAAGCCAACACUGACUUCGCAGAAGCUGUGAAGCUUUACAAUCAGGCCCUCAACACUGAGGACUGGAGUGAUGGUGAGCCCACUGACUCUGAGAAGGACUUCUGGGAAAUAGCAGCUAUGGAGGCCUACGGCCAUCUGACUGAGUGGAAGUCUCUUCAGUACUGCUCCACUGUGUACAUAGAUGAAAACUCCCCAGCCGACCUGCAGAGGAUGUGGUCAGAGCCUCUCUACCAGGAAAUGUACCUGAAGCACAUGAUUCGCAGCAUGUUGAAGCAGCUGCAGCUGGGUGAGCGGGACCAGAGUCUGCUCAGCUUCGUCGACAAAGCCAUGAGGGUGGAGGAGCGUAAAAAGCUGCUGGAGAGUCAUUACAGCCAGGAGCUGAGCUUACUCUACAUCCUGCAGGAGGACUACGACCGCGCCAGAUACUACACCAACUGCUCCAUGCAGCUGUUUAUGGAGAAUUACUCCAGUGUGGAUACGCUGCUCACUCAAAGUCGGCUCACCCUCCUGCAGUCGGUGCAGGCCUUAACUGAGAUCCAGGACUUCCUGCUGUUCAUUAAAGGAGAGGUGUCUGUGAGCUCCCUCAAGUGGCUCAUCAGAUUAUGGACUGAGCGGUAUCCUGAUGCGAAUGUGGAUCCAGUGAACGUAUGGGAUGAUAUCAUUACAUCUCGAUGCUUCUUCUUGGACAAGAUCAGGGAAAAGCUGAGUGGCCACGCUCCCGGUGACAGUAUGGAGGUGGAUGGUUCAGAGGACUCAGCAGGUGAGAUCGACGCAUUAGUGAAGGACUGCAAGUUCAACAUGAAGCUCCACAUGGCUGACAGCACACGGAAGCAGAAUAACUUUCCUGUUGCGACCAAGCUGCUGAAGGAACUUCAGAAAGAAGCCAAAUCAAACAGAGGCUGGUUGAUGCAGUGGGUGCACAGCUUUUGCCGCUUCAGCCAUAAACGCAGCCAGGUCCAGGGUCCCGUGGAGCAGAUCAGCACCAUUCUGAAGACUGUCCCACUCCUGGAGGACCUGCACGCAGACUGUGAAAGCGCCACAUCUAAAGUAUUCAGAAACCAAAAGAUGCUCCAGGGUACGUCUUUCCACAUCCUGGCCACAGCUGUAAGCAGAAGCCCCUCGGUCCUGGAAACUAUCGAACGUGACAAAGCAGAGAGAGUUGUCAGGCUUUCUGGAGCAGCGUGGCCCAUUGAAAAUCCAAAGACAGUGGAAGUGGGGCUGCAGGUACAAGCACUGAAGUUUCUGUGUGACGCGACCAGAAAAGCUAAUGAAGAGCUUCAGUCUUACACGGAGGACUGUGUGGAAAGCAGCAGCAUCACAGAGACAUACAUGGCUUUGGCUAAUUUCUGCGACACACUGCUACGAGAGGAGGAGCAGAGGGAUGCUGAAAGCCAGUUUCCAGACCUUCUGACGCUGCCCGUCCACGUGGUGGAGAACAUGCUCAAAGCCCUGAAGAUGAACUCGGAGGAAGCUCGCCUCCGGUUCCCACGUCUGCUACAGAUCAUCGAGUUGUACCCCGCUGAGACUCUGGACCUCAUGACGAAAGAGAUGAUGUCAGUUCCCUGCUGGAUGCUGAUCAGCUGGAUCAGUCAGAUGGUUGCCCUGUUGGACAAACCGGAAGCUGUGGCAAUGCAGCACUGCGUUGGGCAGAUAGCAGCGUGUUACCCUCAGGCCCUGGUCUACGCUCUCAUGAUCAGCAGCGAGAGUUACCAGUUUGAGGACUCGGCCACAGGACACCAGCAGCGAGAAUUUGUCAGCAGGGUGAGGAGCACGCUGGAUAAGAGAGGAGCUGUGAAGAACUUUGUGGAUGCACUGCAGCAGUUCACAAAUCCAGAGAUGAUUUUUAAGGACUGGUGGGAUUACGUGAAAAAUGAACUGGAAAAAACGAGUUUUGACAAGAAGCGGAUGAGCGACAUGUAUGACGAGAUGCACUCUUGGCUCGGGGAUCGUAACGCAGAUGGUCAUGGGAUGUUCCGCAAGAAAUUCAUCCAGAAAUUUGCUAAAGAUGUGGAGAAACUGCUGGGAGUUAAAGGCAGCAAGCUGUUUGAGAAGAGGAGAGACAAAAACUUUGUGCAGCAGGUGGAUAUUCUGGCAGCAUCCAUGCGUGGGUUUCAGACGGAGCCUGGGAACCUGAAGGAAUACUCUCCCUGGCUCAGUGGAUUCAAAGCAGAUCCAUUCAGCAAUGAGCUGGAGAUCCCAGGACAGUAUGACGGCCGAUCUAAACCUUUGCCAGAGUAUCAUGCAAAGAUAACAGGCUUCGAUGAAAGGGUAAAGGUCAUGACCUCCAUUCGUCGUCCCAAGCGUCUCAUCAUCCGUGGGGAUGAUGAGCGGGACCACCCGUUUCUGGUGAAGGGUGGGGAGGACCUCCGCCAGGACCAACGCAUUGAGCAGCUUUUUGCGGUCAUGAACAUUUUGUUGAGUCACGAUGCUGCAUGCACACGCAGAGGCUUGCAGCUCCGCACCUAUCAAGUCAUUCCCAUAAAUACGAGAAUCGGUCUGAUUGAAUGGAUGGAGAACACCUGUACUCUGAAAGAGUUCCUGUGUAGCACAAUGACUGACGAGGAAAAACAAAGUGCACAGAGGUCUGCUGAAGCCUACAACAAAUGGCUCUCAACCAUUGAUCCAAAUUCAAAGAAGCGUGGCAUCGAACUCUAUGGUCUGGCUUAUAUGAAAGCGAAACGUGCUGAUACAGUCAACAACUUUUUGAAAGUGUCUCAGUUUGUGCCCAGUGAUCUCCUGAAGAGAGCUUUUCUGAAGAUGUGCAACAGUCCUGAGGCCUUUCUCUCCUUGAGAUCUCACUUCAUCAGCUCUCAUGCUUUGCUGUGUGUGAGCCACUGGAUUCUAGGUAUUGGAGACCGACAUCUCUCCAACUUCAUGAUCAACAUGGAAACAGGAGGCAUGAUCGGCAUCGACUUCGGUCAUGCCUUUGGUUCAGCCACGCAGUUCCUCCCCGUGCCUGAGCUCAUGCCGUUCCGGCUGACCAGACAAUUUGUGAAUCUGAUGCAGCCGUUGAAGGAGUCGGGUUUGAUCCAGAGCGUCAUGGUUCACUCCCUGCGAGCCUACAGGGCUGAGCCGGACCUUCUGCUGAACACCAUGGACGUGUUCGUUAAGGAGCCCUCGCUGGACUGGAAGAACUUUGAGCUGAAACAGCUGAAAAAAGGAGGCACGUGGACCGAGAACGUGAACACCAAAGAAAUCAACUGGUAUCCGUUACAGAAGGUGAACUGUGCCAGAAGAAAACUAGAAGGAGCAAAUCCAGCUGCUAUAACCAGUGAGGAGCUGAGGCUGGGCUUUGAGAAGGACGCUGCGUUCCAGGGGAUGCAGUCUGUGGCCUUAGGGACGAAGGAGCACAACAUUCGUGCCAAACUUCAGGCUGCAGGCUUGUCAGUGGAGCAGCAGGUGGACUGUCUGCUUGACCAAGCCAUGGACCCAAAUGUGCUUGGCAGGGUUUGGGUGGGCUGGGAACCGUGGCUCUGACUGUUUGACCAGUGAAAUGUUUCGAAAUACUUGUUCACCGUUAGUGAGAAACAAGUUUUAUCAUAGAUGAACGGACGUUUAGAUGUUUGGAAAUGUGCUGGAAAGGAAAUUCAUGGCCUUAACAGAUCCCUGUAAUCUCAAAUGUUUCCUCUUUUGAAAACCUGUGAAAAAUAAUUUUCUUGUGUUGUGGCAGAGUUUGUUAGGAAUGAUCUGCAUGUUCUCUCACACUGAACACCAAGAACUUGUGUCAAGAAAUCUAAUUCUGGAAGAAGGAUGGAAGUAAACAAUCAUUAGCAUCAUUUAUCAGUAUCUUGUAACUUUAGUUAAAAUUAAAAAAAAAGUGUCAAACUGCAGCUAAAAGGUGCUCAAGAGUCCUUUAUUUUAAAAGCAUUAAUCUUUAACAAGGCAAAGACAGCAGUUACUUUAACAGGUUAUCAGCAAGCAACUCAAGGCUGGAAAGCCUGUGUAAGA